AUGCCGAGAGAAAUAAUUACUGUACAGAUAGGCCAAUGCGGUAAUCAAGUAGGAACAGAGUUCUGGAAGCAGCUGUGCAUUGAACACGGCAUACGAAUGGAUGGUACUUUUCACGCCGAAAACGUACCGUCAACAGCAGUUUCAGAUCGAAAGGACGUGUUCUUCUAUCAGGCAGAUGAUGACCGGUAUGUUCCAAGAGUGCUGCUGUUGGAUCUAGAACCGCGCGUGAUCAAUUCGAUUCAAAACUCUGCACAACGUUCACUAUAUAACUAUGAAAACUUUUUCGUUGCUCCACACGGUGGAGGAGCAGGGAAUAACUGGGCGAACGGGUAUACACAAGCGGAGGCUGUUCAGGAAGAGCUGAUAGAGAUGAUCGACAGGGAGGCCGAUGGUAGCGAUAGCCUUGAGGGCUUUGUUUUGUGCCACUCGAUCGCAGGCGGUACUGGCUCUGGGAUGGGCUCCUAUCUAUUAGAAGCACUUAGCGAUCGUUACGGGAAGAAACUUCUACAAAACUUCAGUGUUUUCCCGAACCAGAACGAGUCGAGUGAUGUUGUCGUGCAGCCGUAUAACUCCAUUUUGACAUUAAAACGUUUGGCAAAUUACGCAGACUGUGUCGUCGUUUUGGACAACUCAGCGCUCAACCGUAUAGCGGUGGAUCAUCUAAACAUCACCUCACCUACUUUUUCACACACAAACUGUCUUGUAUCCAAGGUUAUGGCCGCAAGUACUACGACGUUAAGAUACCCUGGGUAUAUGAAUAAUGAUUUAGUUGGUCUUAUUGCCGCUCUCAUUCCAGUACCGCGGUGUAAUUUCCUGAUGGCGGGACUCACACCGCUUGCAGAGGAUGCGGGGAUCAGGACGAGUGCGACGAAAACGUCAGCAUUGGAUAUGAUGCGGAAACUCCUACAAAGCAAAAAUGUGAUGUGCUCCACAUACUCUGGGGCACGUGCUCAAGAGGGGAAGUUCGUGUCGAUUCUAAACAUCAUCAGAGGGAACAUUGAGCCGGUUCAGAUUCACAAAAGCUUGCAGCGCAUAAGAGAGCGAAAGCUUGCGAAUUUUGUUGACUGGGCUCCAGCGAACUAUCAAGUGGCCGUAGUGAAGUUCUCACCGUACAUACCUAAGUCGACAAGUUUACAUGGUCUGCUGCUGGCGAAUCACACGAGCGUUCGUCACUGGUUUUCGAGGAGCUUGGAGCAGUACGAGAAGCUUAUAAGGCGUAGAGCGUUUCUUGAUCAGUACGAGCGUUUUGAUAUGUUUUCGAACUCAUCCGAGUUUUCGGACUGUCAAGAAGCUGUUGAGACGCUUGUGGCAGAGUAUGAGUCGUGCGAGACCGGAUCGACAGACACUUAG